CUCUCCCGAGCUGUGACCACGCGCGGCGAUUCCGCUUACUCCCUUGGCCGCCCGGUGGGCCCUCCCCGCCAUUAUAGGAGGCCGCGCCCUGCCCCAAGCGGUCAGGCCGGUAGCGAGAAGCUUGGCUCCCGUCCGGUGAGUCUGAGCGGCGUGGUGGCUGCGGGUUCUUCCUGGAGGAGCGGAGACCUGGCUGGCGCGCAGGAAGGGCAGGGGGAUCGCAGCUUCCUCUUCUGAGUAUCAUCUAGCCAUUAAUUAUGUCUGACAACGGAGAACUCGAAGACAAGCCACCAGCUCCACCUGUUCGGAUGAGCAGUACCAUCUUCAGUUCAGGAGGAAAAGAUCCUUUAUCUGCUAAUCAUAGCUUGAAACCUCUGCCUUCAGUACCAGAAGAGAGAAAGCCUAGGAACAAAAUCAUCUCCAUUUUCUCUGGCACUGAAAAAGGGAGUAGGAAAAAGGAAAAAGAGAGACCUGAGAUUUCUCCCCCAUCAGAUUUUGAACAUACUAUUCAUGUUGGCUUUGAUGCAGUUACUGGGGAAUUCACUGGAAUGCCAGAGCAGUGGGCUAGGCUGCUACAGACGUCUAACAUCACAAAAUUAGAACAGAAAAAAAAUCCCCAGGCUGUAUUAGAUGUUUUGAAAUUCUAUGAUUCUAAAGACACAGCAAAACAGAAAUAUUUGAGUUUUUCUGCUACAGAUAAGGAUGGCUUUCUUUCGGGAGCAAUAGCACCUAAUGCAAAAAGGUCAGAGCCUUCAACAGCAACGGAAGAGGAAGAGGAAGUUAUUCCUCCAGUUAUUGCUCCAAGACCAGAUCAUACAAAAUCGGUUUAUACACGAUCAGUAAUAGAGCCUAUCCCAGCACCAUCUGGCGAUGCAAGUGACAGUGCUAAAUUUGCUGAUAAACAGAAAAAGAAAAACAAGAUGUCAGAUGAAGAAAUCACAGAAAGAUUACGAACAAUUGUUAGUAUAGGAGAUCCCAAGAAAAAAUAUACCAGAUAUGAAAAAAUAGGACAGGGGGCUUCUGGUACCGUUUUCAUUGCAAUAGAUGUUGCGACAGGACAGGAGGUUGCUAUAAAACAAAUAAAUCUACAGAAACAACCCAAAAAGGAGUUGAUUAUCAAUGAAAUUUUGGUAAUGAAAGAGUUGAAGAACCCAAACAUAGUCAAUUUUCUAGACAGUUACCUGGUUGGAGAUGAACUUUUUGUUGUAAUGGAGUAUCUGGCCGGUGGAUCCCUUACCGAUGUAGUUACAGAGACUUGUAUGGAUGAGGCGCAGAUUGCUGCUGUCUGUAGAGAGUGUUUGCAGGCACUGGAAUUCCUACAUGCCAACCAGGUGAUUCACAGAGAUAUUAAAAGUGACAAUGUGCUUUUGGGAAUGGAUGGUUCAGUUAAGCUGACUGACUUUGGGUUUUGUGCUCAGAUAACUCCAGAGCAAAGCAAACGUAGUACAAUGGUUGGAACACCAUAUUGGAUGGCUCCUGAAGUGGUCACACGGAAGGCUUACGGUCCUAAGGUGGAUAUCUGGUCUUUAGGUAUUAUGGCUAUUGAAAUGGUUGAAGGUGAACCUCCAUAUCUCAAUGAAAACCCUUUGAGGGCAUUAUAUUUAAUAGCAACUAAUGGCACCCCAGAGCUGCAGAGCCCAGAGAAGCUGACUCCAAUAUUCCGUGACUUUUUAAAUAGUUGUUUGGAAAUGGAUGUAGAGAAAAGAGGAUCAGCCAAAGAACUACUACAGCAUCCUUUCUUGAAACUGGCAAAACCUUUGUCAAGUUUGACACCAUUGAUUCUAGCGGCCAAAGAAGCCAUGAAGAGUAAUCGCUAGCAUUGCUAUUGUGACCUUCAUCAUUCCUGGUUUUGUUUGUUUGUCUGCUUUGUUUCUUGUUUAAAUCUUCCUAUAAUAUACAAGUUGUUGCUCUUGUUAGAGAUGUUGAAAGUCUGCAGAAGG